CUAUGUAGCUCAACACAAGUCACAAGAAUCAGUUAAGUUAUGGCGAGUCGUAGUUUGUUCCCCUGCCUUACUGUUUUUUUCUGUAUGAUUAGUAUUAUGGCUCCCUUAACUUCUGGUCAGCUUGAUUACAGUUACUAUGAUAGAGCAUGCCCCGUCUUGCCUAGGAUCAUUCGUUGGAAUGUUUGGUCAGCUCUCCGUAAUGAUUCCAGAAUAGCUGCAUCCCUCCUCCGUUUGCACUUCCACGACUGUUUUGUAAAUGGUUGUGAUGGAUCCGUGCUUCUUGAUGACACAAAUGAUUUCAAGGGUGAGAAGAAUGCUGCACCAAAUCGCAACUCAGUCCGAGGAUUUGAGACAAUCGAUAACAUAAAAGCUGACCUUGAAAGAGCUUGUCCAUUAACUGUAUCUUGUGUGGAUAUAUUAACUCUUGCAGCUAGAGAAGUUGUUGUCAUGUCAGGAGGACCAUUUUGGCCAGUUUUACUUGGUCGACGAGAUGGACUAACUGCAAGUGAGAAGGCAGCAAAUGACCAAUUACCUUCACCCUUUGAGCCCCUGGAUAAAAUCGCGGCCAAGUUUACUGAUAAGGGCCUUGAUCUAAGGGAUGUAGUGGUUCUUUCAGGAGCACACACAAUUGGUUUUGCCCAAUGUUUCACAUUCAAGAGGAGACUUUUCAACUAUCAAGACUCAGGAAAGCCAGAUCCAAUUCUUGAUUCUUCAAUGUUGUCAAAUUUGCAAAGCACUUGUCCUGAAGAGGGACCCAACACCAAAAUUACUCCUCUAGACAUUCAAUCCGUUACGCGAUUCGACAAUGCAUAUUACAGAAACCUUAUGAUCAACACAGGACUUCUUGAAUCUGAUCAAGCUCUAAUGUCAAAUUCUGAGACAGCUGAUAUGGUAAAAUCCUACAGUUUGUACCCUUAUCUUUUCUUCCAAGACUUUGCUGCAUCAAUGGUGAAAUUAGGAAAUGUUGGGGUCCUUACUGGAGAAACUGGACAAAUUAGAAAAGUAUGUGGCUCUGUAAAUUACUACUAUUAAAGUGUUUCUGUCAAGUAUGUUUAGUUUAAUUAUUAGACAAAGUUUAUCAAGUGUGCUUGCUUCAGUAUCUAUGUUUGUACUAAUAAUUUAACUAUAUA